UCCCCUCCUCUGGCAUCUACGAGUGCUAACUUGGUGCCGCCAAGACUACCUUGAGUUUUGUACUAUCCUGUUCUUGUACUACUCUUGAUUUUGUCGUUGUAUUUUUUUGUGCAAUAUUGUGCAAUCUUAUAAUAAAAAAAAACAGACGUGCAAAACAGCUCGACUAAAUACACUAUACAGUCAAACUACGGAUGCUGAAUGGAGCAGACUUCAUUUCUAAAUACUGACUCGUCCAAGUUGACUUGUUUAUAAAGUGUGCGUUAAAUUAUAUUCAGUAAUAAUACGAGCAAGUUUUUUCCAUUAUUGCACAUGCUUCACGCUGCUAUAAUAUGGCUACAACAAGACAGCGCAAUGUUGCUAAUGGUGGACACUUUCAUGUUACUAUAACAAUUGCAUCAAUGUUGCAACUACAUUGCGCAAUCGAUCUGUAAGAGACAUUUCUGCAAUCUUUCGGUGCUGUGUAAGAACUUAGUGGACGGUGAAAAAUUAACAUCCUGUAUUCCUCGUAUUUUUUCGAUAUUUAUUCGACAUGUGUGAAAACGUGAGAAAAAAAACCAAGCACAAUUUUUUGGAAGCUUGGCUCCGUGAUGAUCGAUACAAAUUCUGGAUAUGUAAAGUUCCAUCCGAUGACACUCUUUUUCAUUGCAUUGUGUGCAAUAAAAAUUUUUCAUGCGGUUCAUCACACGUUUCUAGACAUGCGGAUUCUGCGUGUCACAAAAAGAACAGCCAAAAGGAUAUAUUCUCAUGCAAUGAUGAUGAUGAUGAUGAAAUGUCAAAAGUCAAAGCACCGCGUAGAAAAAUGUUUCAACCACAAUGGUUGGAAAUCGAUGAAUUUAAAUCGUGGUUACGUAAAGUGCCACAUGAUGAUACUCUCUGUUUCUGUUCGAUUUGUGAUAAAACUAUUUCUGUUGGCUUGUCACACAUCUAUCGACACGCAGAAUCCAAAACGCAUAUAAAAAAAUCUGCAAUGAGUGGCGUUGAAGUGAACAAAUCAAACGAAGAACAUUGCAAUAUGCAAAGUGAGGAAUCGAUUUUGUCGUUUAUUGAGGAAAGAAAAUCUGCGGAAAUACGAUUUGCCACAUUAAUAGCCGAAAAAGAUAUCCCUUAUCAAACGGCAAAAGACAUUCUCUGCUUAUUUAAAGAAAUAGGAAAAAAUCCUAAUGUAUUAAAACAUAUGAGCAUAGGUAAAACAAAAUGUAAAAACAUUAUUUCUAACAUCUUGUGUCCAGUUGAAACGGAGCGCGUAGUAAAUAAUAUUCAACAUACAAAAUAUUCAAUUUAUAUUAAUGAAACGUCUGAUGAUACAAAUAAAAAAUGGAUGAUACUUCUCGUCCGCUAUGUCGAUUUGGAUACGCUAGAUAUUCGUACACAACUAGUUAAAGUAACAGAUCUCGAUGCAGAUUGUAGCGUAGAAAAAGUAUUUCUUGCAUUUAAAAAUGAAAUGGAAAACUUGAAUAUUCCAUUCGCAAAUAUUGUUGCCCUAUCAUGCAAUGAUGCACCCGUAACGACAGGAAAGCAUGUAUCUUUAAGAAAAAAAUUAGAGAAAACAUAUAAGCAUUUACAAAUACUUACAUGCCCAUGCUAUUCUACCGCGUUGGUUACACAUGCUGCAUGCGCAACAAUACCCGCAUUUUGCGAAGAAGUGUUUAAAAAAAUCAGUGCAUUUAUUAAGAAGAGUAGUCCAAAACGUUCCGCGGUUUUUCAAGAAUUUACAGAAUGCUUCCAACAAUCAAACCAUAAAAUUUUAAAAUUAACUGAGACAAGAUGGCUUUCUCGACAGUCUUGCAUUUCAAGACUUUUACAGUAUUGGGAUACUAUAAAACAUUUUCUCACUGAAACGUUAAUAAAUGAAAAGUCGACAUCUGGAGAAUAUCUGUUAUCCAUUAUGCAAAAUGUAGAUACAAAAGCAUAUUUUCUUUUUUUAAAUUAUAUUUUAAAUUUUUUUAAUACAUUUAAUGCUUAUUUUCAAGUUGAAGAAACACGAAUUCAUUUAUUGCAACAGAAAUCAUUUAAUUUGCUGGUUGACAUAUCCCAACAUUUUUUAAAACCAGAAAUUUUACGACUUUUGCCAAAUGUUACAUUUCAUUUAGAGGAUAAUCAAAGGCCACUUGAGAUUUUUCGAUUAGAGGAAAAUCAUAGGCUUGAUAAUAUUUCUUUAGGAGAGGAAUGCGAAGAAUAUCUUUCUCAUUUAAUAAAAACAGGUCAUAUAGAUGUAGUUACUACUAUUCGAGAUAAUUGUUUACAAUUUUAUAUAAUUACUGCUGAGGAAAUUUUAAAAAGAUUACCGAUUACAAAUAAAUUUUUAUGUAAAUUAAAAGUUUUUAAGCCACAAACAUCAUUAUUUGAUGAAGAUAGAAAAACAUCAUUUAAUGAUGUGAGUUUCAUUGCUGAAACUCUUGGCGACUUCGACAAACCUGGUUUAAAGGAAGAAUGGUUUCAGUUAUCUAAAGAUUUUACGAAAAAAGAUAAACAAAGGCUGUCAAAAAUGCAAUUUGAUGAAAUGUGGAAAAAUAUAUUAUUACAUCAAAAAUCGACAAACGUUUUUAAGUAUCCAAAUUUAACAUGUCUCUUAAAUGCUGUAAGGUCACUGCCAAAUUCAAAUGCGGAUGCAGAAAAAGUAUUUUCAUAUCUUACUGAUUUAAAACACAAAGAAAGAAACAAACUUUCAUCAGCCUCCAUUAAUGCUAUGUGCGUAGUAAAAUCAGCAUUACGGACGAGAAAAGAAACAGCAUUAAGUAUAAAAAUAGAUGAGAAACACUUCUCUCUAAUGUCAUCAGAAAAAUUAUAUAGUACCUUUAAUAAAAAGUCCAAAAGUAGUUUGUAUUCUGCAGAUAAUAAUAAUAUUGAUAAUCCUGACAUUGCUGGUCCUUCCAUUUGUCAUGACAUGCAAUAAUAAUGUCUAACAGAAAGUAAAUUAUGUUUUUAUGGUUUAUAGACAUUAUUAUUCACAAAGGUUGUUCUAUUAUCUUAUCAAAUGUAUAAAGGGUUAGGUAUUUAAAAAACAAACAUCGUAUUGACAAACAAUAAGUGUGCAAAAGAUAUGUAAUAUAUAAUUUUAUUUUAUAUAUAAUAAAUUUUUAUAUUUUA